GGGGAUUUCCGAAACACAUCCCCCGAUGCGUUCAGGGAUAUCAAGUGCGAAGUCAUGGUCAACUGGCUUCACUCUAAACAGGAGGAGAGAAUAUGGACGACUGGCGAUCCUGGAGAGGGCGUCGUGUUGAAGAAAUCCAAAGGGCGCUACGUAUGCUGCCCGAGUGAGCUUCAAUACGACGAUACCCAGUUCUAUCAGAAGGUUGCUGAGCUCAACGUCCGGGUUGCGAUGACGAUCAAUACGAGAGUCAUUAAGCUGAUUUUGGCUAGAAAUGAACUGCCUUGGGUUGAACUCAAUCAAGGUCUCCGCUUACAAGUGAUACCUGAUCUUGAGGCUCUUCCCUACUGCCAAAAACACCAGUCCGCUGCGUUCGUUGCCGCCCAAAAAGUACUAGUGGUAUGGGAAGAUGAUCCGAAGAAGCUUCUCGAUCGAGCAACGUACAUUCAGGAGACCCUAAUGUCAAUGAUUUGGGGAGAUCUAUCUACCCUGGGAGAUGGUGAGAAGAUGCAUCCAUACCUAGAGGCGUUGGCUAUCAAUGAAGACCCCGAGGCCCAAGUCAUCGAGGAGCCCCGUCCAAUGGUGUUUAUUCAGGCCUGUUUGACCGCAGUCACAUUGAUAAUAAUAUUGGGAGCCAUAGGAGGCGGUUGGAGACAAGUUGGAAUUGAGAUUCACGUGGAUCGCUCCUGGAUUCGAAUGGUGUUCGUUGUUUGCAUUCUCCCACAGGUCUGGCUCUCACUGUUCUUCUUCCAAGCCCUCAUAGGAAACUUAGCCCAACUAGUUGGACCCAUCGGACAAAUUCGUCAGAACACAAAAUUCUACUCUGGUCUUCCCCCACGGAGAUUACACCGAGAUUACAUGAAUGGACUCCCGCACGUAACAAUCCAAAUGCCCGUUUACAAAGAAGGCCUUCAUACGGUCAUAGCACCCACAAUUCGUUCAGUCAAAGCCGCUAUCUCAACGUACGAAUUGCAAGGAGGCACUGCCAAUAUAUUCAUCAACGAUGAUGGUAUGCAGCUCCUUGAUGAGGAUUCACAAAGGGAACGUCAAGACUUCUAUGAUGAGCACAACAUUGGUUGGGUAGCGCGUCCAAUGCAUAACCCACAUCCAGGCCAAAAGUUCAGGUAUUUCAUGCGGCGUGGAAAAUUCAAGAAAGCAUCGAACAUGAACUACGCGCUCUGGACCAGCGUCGAAGUAGAAGAGAAGCUUGCCAACUCCGUACGAGAUGAAGCAUGGAACCAGAAGCAGGAGAACGCUCUUUAUGCGCUCGCUCUCGAACAAGUUGUGGCGCAGGAGGAAGGCCGGACAUGGGCAGAUGGCAAUAUUCGAAUUGGUGAUUACAUCCUCCUCAUUGACUCGGACACUCGUGUUCCUAAGGAUUGUUUCCUUGAUGCGGUCAGUGAGAUGGAGCGCUCACCACAGGUUGCCAUCAUUCAAUAUUCAUCCGGCGUCAUGAAUGUCACAGAUAAUUUCUUCGAGAAAGGGAUCACAUUCUUCACCCAUCUUGUCUACACCCAGAUUCGUUACGCCGUGUCUAAUGGAGACGUUGCACCAUUUGUUGGUCACAAUGCUAUUCUCCGCUGGUCUGCUCUACAGGAGGUUGCCUACAAAUGCCCAAUUGACGGUUACGAGAAGUACUGGUCAGAAGAGACUGUGUCAGAAGAUUUCGAUAUGGCGUUGCGUCUUCAAACGAACGGUUAUCUUAUCCGAUUAGCAGCAUACCAGGGCGAUGGAUUUAAAGAGGGUGUCUCACUCACCGUGUACGACGAACUUGCUCGAUGGGAAAAAUACGCGUACGGCUGUAACGAACUCAUCUUCCAUCCGUUAAAACUGUGGCUGAGGAAAGGAAUAUUUACCAGGCUUUUUCUACGAUUCAUGUUCUCCAGUAUGCCACUUCCUUCCAAAUUCACUAUUAUGGCAUAUAUUGGAACCUAUUAUGCGCUUGGCUCCGCAUGGUUCCUUACCCUGAUGAAUUACCUGUUGAUCGGCUGGUUCAAUGGAUUGCUGGAUCACUAUUACAUCGAUUCGUUCAAAGUCUACUUUUCCAUCAUCGUCGUCUUCACAGGUCUGGGUAACCUCUCCCUUGCUGUGCUCCGCUACCGCGUCGGAGACAGAAGCAUCAGCGGCGCUUUAUGGGAAAACAUCCGCUGGGUCCCUCUCCUCGUCAUCUUUCUCGGCGGCGUCUCAAUCCAUAUCUCCCAGGCCCUCAUCUGGCACUUCUUCAGCGUUGACAUGACGUGGGGCGCCACGGCUAAAGAAGUCGAACAAAUAACCUUUUUCGAAGAGAUUCCGCGCGUCAUUCGCAGAUUCAAGUGGACGUUUGCCUGGUGCAUAGGCGUUGCGUCGGGCAUGGGAUACCUAGCUACAUGGGCGCCCCAUACUUGGACGAUCACAUUUUUUACGCCUGUCUGGCCGCUCGCUAGUGUGGUUGUGUGCCAUUUUUUAUUGCCGAUUGUACUCAACCCUAAUUUGAUGCUGUUCACUUGGUAA